CUGUCUGUUAAUCCACUUGUUGAGUAGAAGAGGAGGUCGAGGAGGAGGACACAAAGUUAAAGCUCCGCCAAAAGUCCAACAAUGGUGGAAACGGUCGGAUAAAAAAAGAAGCGGGUGUUAGUAAAAACAGAACCGGGCGGUUGAGCAUCAUGUCCGGCUUGAGGAGAGCCGGUAUCCUCGGAGCCUCCGUCGCUCUGGCGGGGGGAGUCGCCUAUCUUAUCUGGUCCUACAGGUCCUCCUCCGGGGAGAAGGAGACCCGAACACGGGCCGGAGAAGACAGUGGAAGUGGCCGAGUGGAAGCAGAGGGAAAUGCGGAGGAGAGGAGAGAAGAAGCCGUGGUUGCAGUGAAGGCUGUGACCGCCGCUGCUGCUCCGGUUGUAGCUGCUGAAGCUCCGAAAACAUCGGAGUCCAAGCCUGUAGAGUCAGCGGGGACACAGGUGCUGGUUCUGGGUCUGGAUGGAUCCGGUAAGACCAGCCUGCUGCACUGUUUGGCCACCGGGAGCCUGGAACAGGACAUGGAGCCCACGCAGGGCUUCAACGCCGUCUCCAUCAACAGGGAAGACCUGCACAUCGAGUUCCUAGAAAUUGGAGGUAAAGAGGAGCUUCGGCAGUACUGGCAGAAGUACAUGUCCAGGGCCCUGCUGCUGGUGUUCGUGGUCGACUCCUCCAGCCCACAGCUUUUCCCCGUCGCUAAGAAGCAUUUACAUGAGCUGCUGGCCUCCGACCCCCGGCUGCCUUUAAUGGUUCUGGCCAACAAACAGGAUGUCCCAGGAGCCUGCAGCAUUACUGACCUCCACGACGCUCUGUCCCUUUCCGAGGUCGGGGACCGCAGGUUGUUCCUCAUCGGUACACACAUGAAGAGGGGCGAGGCCGAACUCAGCUCCGGCGUCCAGGACGCUCGUGACCUGAUCAUCCAGAUGGUUUGUGACGACAGAUAAAACACUUCAUACUGUGUUUUUGAUUUAAAAAAAUGUAACAGGUUCUUUGCACCUUUCAAACUUUUCUCUGCACCGGUCCGGCUAAAAUAUUUAUUUAUGAGAAAAAUUGAAAUGUAUUUGUUUUGGUUUGGUGUAGUCAAGAUUGUAAAACUUAUAAAAGAUUCUGGAUGUUAAAGUGUAAAAAAUAGUUUUUGUUUCAUUUCAUUGUUACCAAAAGACCAGAUCUUAAUGAUUAUGAAAAUUGUUCUUAUUUUGUUAUCUUAAUGUAAAAUUGGUGCCUGCAGCACAAUCCUAACAACUCAAAUAUUAUCUUCACCAAAGAUUUAUUUUAUUUUCAAUCCAAGCAGGUGUUGAGUUUCAUCUAUAAAUAAAUGUUUCAUUUUACAAGACUGUUACUGAUACAGAAAAUGAUGAAACACAAGCGUCUUGUGAGGCUGCCUUAAGGGUUUAAUGCAGAUUGUCAGAUGGUUCAGAAUCACAGUGGAUUUAUUUCAGGCUGUAGAUUCACUCAGAGCCAUCUGUGAAGCUGCUGGCUGCAGCUUUAUCACCAGCGAUGAGAUAACAGUCUGUUAGCUGUACCGUUAGCUGUAACUGACAUGUAUUUUUUUUUAUAAUUUGGGCUGAAUCCUAAUUAUCUCUGUAUGUCAUGAACCACAGAAUAUAAAAUACCUCAACAAGGAGUACUUCACCUGUAAAAUGAUCAUUUGUACAUCACUUAUUCACUGCUUGAAUUAAACAUUGUUUUUCUGGCUCACCUCAACAAGGAAUGAAUAAUCCAAAAAUAUAUAAUAUUCUGGAUGAAUUGAUCUACUAAAACUACAUCAAAACAUCUGUUUACAAACUCUCUUAAAACUUGUGCAGAAUUAUCCAAGCCUCGUUUAUCCAGUUUAUUGCUCACUACUUCUCAAACAUGACAUUUUGUUUAAACUUUACAAUUUAAAACCCUUGCACAGCUGCUACUUGUUGGUAUAUUAAACUAUUAUUUAAAUAAUCAGGUUUCAGUGAAAAUGCAUGUGUUUUGAAAGUAGUGAGUACGACUGGAUAAAUGAGACUUAGAUAUUUUUAUAGAGUUCAUUUUUUGAUUCUCCGUUCACCGUGGAGACAUCCACGAAAAACAUAGUUUUCUUAACAAAUUCAUGGUAACAGAGUGAGUGAUUCAUAUACAAAUGAUCAUUUAUUUUACUAGGCAAUAUUUUUCAUGACAAUGAAGCCAUUAUAUAAACUUAAAAGCACAAAGUGAGGCUUUCAUCCCUUCUGAUAAAGAUCUGCUACAUUCACUUACUAUUUCAAAGAAAAUGAUAAAACUCAAGGUUGCUGUAUUCAGGUCAGUGAUGGUACAUCAUAUAAUUACAUGCUAUUUAAGUUUCAUUUUCAAACAGUGACCUCUUUCUGCCAUUUGGUGCCGCCAACAUGCACACAUAACUAUUACAGCUUUAAGAAAAAGAAGACAUUAAGCUUUCUGAUGUGCCGUUAAUAUUCAGACUUCAGCAGGACACCACAACUAUUUAACGUCUGAGUAAAACAGCUGUUGAUUAAAGCAGAUAGAGUGGAUUUUAAGAUCUCUUUGUGUUCAAUCAACAGCCAUUUUAUCAUCAUUUUAUUAUUGAAUGAUGAGAGACUUUGCCACAAAACCUUAACACUACCAGUAACUUUCUUACUGCAGUAAGUGCUGCUGUUGGUUUACGGCUUUAAAAGCAUUAUUACUUUUAUGACACAAGUGCAUACUAAGUAUCUUAAAAAGGGAAUUUACUUUAUCUUAAAAAUAACUCAAACUGUUUUUUUUGGCUCAGCUUUGUGUGUGUUUGAGUGUCUUUUGCUGUUCAGAGAGACGCAUACAACUGCUUUUUCCUUGAUGUUUUGUAUUAAUAUGGUUUUAUGUGGUCAAUAUGUUUAAUUCAGUGUCUGUUGACAUUCGUAUUAAUGGCAAAUUACAUUGUUGAUGUGUGCAAACUGCAAAGCCUUCAUGUGUACCAUGUUUGAAGAAUGUAAAGGUUUGAAAGAGCACAUUUUUAUAAACAAAUUCAUUCAAAUAUCCAAAGCAUUUUUCUUCUACCAAAACAUGUCCAACAUACAGUAUUACUGUAUUACUGUAAACAGUUUGUCCUAUACACAGUUUUAUUUCACACUUAAAUAAAUUGUUUCUUCUGAAA